CACACACACACAAACUAACACACAUGCCUACACAUGCCAACAUAUGGAAAGAUUUAUUUCCGUUUCCGUUGCUUAGGGCAACUAACACCAGAAUAGUUUGUUGAAACAGGACAAACUUGUCUGCUUCUGCCGAACAGGAAUAUUAUAAACGGAGCCGAUUUUUUAUGGUAUGAUGUGUAUCGCAUCUGCGUAAUACUCCAAGUUUACGUGUACGAAACUCACUGUGAAUACCAAACAUUUGUUACGAUACUUGAAGGUUAGCCACUCACGAUGGAAUAUACAACAUUAUUAAAAAAAGACAAGAUCUUCACACCCACUCCGAAACUGCUACUAAGUGUAGAUGAUUCUAAUAUCUUCCGAACUGCCACAAUGAAAAGUAAACCGUCUACACUUUCGAAAAGUUGGAACCCAAAUCUUUCGAAGACGCGGCACAGUUGUUGGUCGCCUUUGGUUCAGAGACCAAUGGCACAACAACUUUUCAAGGAAAGAGUUGAAUUAAUUUCUCAUUGGUUCGAUUUAUGGACAGAAAGCCAGCGAAACGAAUUUUUUGAUCAUAUGUUGAGCAAGUGUCACAACAUACAAUAUGCUCACGUUCGGAAUUGGUUCAAUGAAAGAGUUCCAUUACAACACAUCGACUUUACGAGACUUCUUCCAAGAUUCUUAUCUUUGUAUAUAUUUUCUUUCUUGGAUCCCAAAAGUCUUAGUCGGACUUCACAAGUUUCUUGGUACUGGAAGUUCCUCACAGAACAGGAGAGCAUCUGGAUGCCUAAAUGCAUCAAAAGAGGAUGGUACCUUCCAUUUAAUACAAAUCCUAAUGAAUAUGGAAACUGGAAGCGUCACUACAUUACCUGUGUCUGCACUCUAGAAUACAUAAUUCCAGACAAGAAUAAUCAGCUUAAUGAUAGCACAGAUGCCAGGAGACGGAAAAGAUCAGCAGCAUUUACCAAAUACGACUCCUCAGGAACUCAAGGUUCUUUAUACAGUAUUCGUCCAGCAUGGAAAGGUCCUGAUUUCAAGCCAAAAGACUUAGAGAAAUCCUUUUAUGCUUUCGUCUACGGAGCUGAACAAAAUAUUCAGAGUACCACCAACUAUAAGACCACUCAGCCUUACGCCACAAUUUACAACAAGUGGAGGAUAAAUACGGAAGAAAACAGUUAUGUCAAAAGCUCUCUCAAUAUAAGUCAUGCAGUUGACCAACUCAGCUCGUUAAAUACUAUACAGCAACCGCUAGAAAAAGUAGAUUACCGUUCCCGAUUGCUGCUGUCAGAAACACAAGCUAUAGAAAACUUCAAUGAAACUCGUCUGCGGUACCUUAUCGAACAGCCCUGGGAAUUCAACUGGGAUUUGUCCUUUUAUAAUCCAGUACAAAGAAAGUCGAACGGAGUCGUAAACGUUGAAUAUUCACGCAUUGUACUGAUAUCCUCUAGAAUAGCAGGUUACGAGCUUCUAUUCAGUGCCACGCAUCCCGACGUUCUUCCAUUAAUUUACGACUAUGAUGGUUCUACAGUUGACAGCCUGCGUCUUCAAGUUGAACAAUUAUUGUCAGGAAGAUACGUGAAGAGUAUUGGUUUAUUUUGCCAUGAAAAAGAACCAGGAUGUAUUUCACUCGUGAACGAUUGCUGCGUGAAUUUGAAAAGCCGUCGCACAAGAUCUGACAUCAACACAUUUUUUGAGACAUUAUCAUGUAAUAUUGUCAGUUCGGAAUAUGGAGGACAGUUCGAUGUUUUUUCCUCUCUUAUUGUAUCAGAAAACGGGACAGAUUUAAUGGUAGAACUUAAAUCGGUGACAAAUAUGAAAAUUUCAUCUCCAUCUUCAGUUAUAGGAGGACCAAUGAAAGUGCUUGGCAUUUGGUUAUAUGAAAAUCACGAGUUCGCAGGCUGUUCUUCAUUGAACUACUUCGAUAAGAACAAGCUAAACAGUUGGGUUAACACGGCGAAGCUGACAGAGGAAGCUGUAUCCCAUUGCAAACAAAACCUAGCUCUAUACUUCGACCAAUUCCAACAUAACAUUAUGUACCGACUUGUAGGUGAAAUCAUAUUUGACGUAAUGGGACAAUUCCCAACGGAAAUGAGUCGGGUGACCGAUGUUUUGUCUGAAGCCUUAAUUUCAACAAGAAACUCUAAAAAUGGUGAUACUUUACAACGUCUCACUUUGAUUCUAAUGGAGAAAUGUGGCUUAAAACUAGAUACUUUUAAACAAAUGAAAGAUGAACCGAAAAACGGAAUUCUUGAUGAGAAAAUAAUGCGCGAUGAUAAACAGCAAAAUACAAUUUCAAAUCCCGGAAGCAAGAUUAACACGCCCACGGGCAAUAUUUGCGUAAAUCUCACAGAUACGGAAUCCAAAUUAUUUUUAAAAAAUAAAACAAGGAAAAUUGUAGAACCGAACCCCACUUCUGGACAUUUGCAAGAAAACACUAUGCUCAGAAGAAAACAUAUUUUACAUGCGGCUGGUAAAAUAGUUACCCCACCAUCAGACAAGAGACGCUAUAUAGCCUCGGAAAUAAUAAAUUCAGAAACUGACUACGUGAGAAUGCUUUCUGGUUUUAAAAACAAAUAUUUCAAGCCUUUAAAGUCUGCGCUAGAGUCGAACAGGCCUAUUAUCAGUCAACAAAAUGUGGAAAUAAUUUUCACGGAUAUACUGAUCAACCUUAAAUUACACAGGAAACUCUGUGAUGAUUUGAAGAAGCGAUAUUCAGAAUGGGAAGGAAUGUCUACAUGCUUCGGUGAUGUUUUCGUCAUAUUCUGUCAAAAUUUGGGAACCUACGUAAAUAUGGUGAAUAACCAUGAAGCGAUCCUGCGAUGUAUUGAACGUUGUAGAGAGCAUAUGCCGAUCUUUCGUGCAUUUCUAUUACGAAACGAACGUAAACCGGAAGCCAAGAUGUUGACCAUUCAGGAAAUUCUACUAACGCCGAUGGAACGUAUUGAAGAAUACGUGUAUUUACUGACCGCUUUGCUGACGCAUACAGCUAUGGACCACUCAGACAGACCAGACCUAUUCAAAGCUAUUGGCUCUUUUAAAGAAGUGAAUUCUUUCAUUCAACAGACAAAGCUGCGUCGACAGCAAGAGCGACAACUCCAGAAGCUACACAAGACUAUAAUAAAUUGCCCCAUAUUAACUGAAGGCAAUCGUUACUUUCUGAAACAGCAAGACGUAUCGCUGCUGAAGCCCAUUUCACCUGCUGUUUCUUCGGAUUUAAGAAUUUACCAAUGUACAGAGGCUCUUGGAUUAUACCUGUUUAAUGAUACCCUAGUCGUUACCAGAAAAGUCUCAAGACAUUUACCACUCAGCAUGGCAUGUGAGAUGUUGUAUACGUUCGAGUAUAGUCUUCCACUUUCAGUUGUAAGGGUGAAAAAUAUACCAAAUACUAAAUAUGUAUGCAAUGCAUUUAAAUUGAAAAGUCCUUCGAACCAGAUAUGCUGCUGUACCGAGAGUCCCACGGAGAAAGUGAACUGGCUGAGUAUCCUGCAUCAAGCCAUAAGAAGUGUGCAAGUAUAUUGACAAGGAAACAGUGACAAUGUUUACGAUGACGACGACAACGACGAUGAUGAUGCUGAGGUGAUAAUAGGCAUGAUAAAGAUGGCGGUGGCAGAGUUGAUAAUGGCAGUGAUGUGAUGAUGGUAAUAAUAAUAAUGAUCGUAAGGGUGAUGAUAAUGAAUACGACGACGAUGAUGAUGAUGAUGACGGUAAUGUUGGUGAUGGUGAUGGCUGUGCAGUGAAGGGCAAAAGCGAAAUUAGCCCCAAACUAAUAAAAAAAUCCACUAAGACAAGCCGAUGAUUAGAACAACGAUAAAGUACAACUCGCAUCCAUGACAGCUUAGAAAUAGAGUAGUAAAUGACUACACAUAAACAAUUAAACCUAUGGAAACAUACAAAUUACGCGCAAAGGUGGACACAUGCAAACUCUGCUUCUACACAUUCAUUACUAUUACUUCUCCGAGAGAAUAGACAAUGACUUCGAAGUUUCUUCAAAGGCGUGUUUUUCAAAUGUUUUUGCGGCAUAGUUUGAAAAGAAAUACAUCUAAGUAACCGUCAACGAUAUUAC